AAUAUAAAUAUUGAAUAGGGAUAAGUUUAUUCUUGCAAAUUGUGGCACCCCUCUCAAUUCAGGCUACCGAUUUAAAUAAAUGCAUUGAUAAUAUAAAAUUAUAUUUUUGUUAAUGAAAAAAAUUACUCGUAUUCAGUAUUAAUAUAUAAAUACAAGACAUAUGUCUUGCAUAUAUAUUUUUACUGAUAAAUGAUUUAUGUUUUCAUUUUAGUUCGUAAUUCUUAACUUUAAAUUGUUUAAUUGUACGUAAACACUAAAUACAUAAAUAUUUUUCUUUGUUAAGCCGCCUUCAUAUGAAUAUUUGUCUCUCAAUCAUAUAUGUUUGAGUCACGUAGACUAAAACCGUCUAAUAUUUACCAUUGCUAGCUAGAUAUUAGAUAAUUUUUAGCAGAAAACUGAAGUUAUAAUUUUUUUUAAAACUUAAUACUCCUUCUCCCCCAAUCUAUAUCGAUUAUUUCACAUAUAAUUACUGAAAUUAACUCAUUAUAAUAUUAAGUGGUUAAAUUAUUUUUUUACUCAUUAAUAAUUGAACUUUAAUUCACUAGAAUAAUAAAGUUAAUAAAUAUCUUUUUGUAAACUUGUAGGUUGCAACAAAAACUAACUGUAAUAACUAAAAAUAGCAUACUCGCUUCGAAAAGCACUCUGAGCCUUCCCUAUUCAAAAAAAGUUUUCUGUACAACGAAAAUUUAUUAGCAAAUUUAUUUAACUAAAAAAGAAAAAGAAAGAUCCAAAAAAAUUAAAAAAGAAAAACCUGUUUCUUUCCCUCCUACAAUCUCUCGCUAUCAAUCUUUAAGAAAUGACCUCCUGUUUCCAACAUUGGGAUCAUCCCUUUCUUUACCUCUAAUCUUCCUCUUGCAUUUGAAAAAAAAAAAAACAAUUAAACAAUUUAUGAUGAAUAUUCUCUCUUUAACAAAUUAUUAUUUCUUUUCUUGACCCCUCCAAAUCCUCAUUUUCUUUCAUGCUUUUCAUCAUCAUGCCACUCUCAAUUCCCAUCAUUUUGCCACCUUUUUCACUCAUUUGGUUCUAAUAUAUAUAAUCAUUCUAAUUUCCUUCCCCUUCAAUUUCUACACUUGAAAUAAAGGCGUAAUUAUUAUUGUUGUUGUUAAUGCGGAUGAAUCUUUUUCUAUUUGGGAUUGAAGCAUAGCGAUUAUUGUCAUUAUUGUUGAAUCUUGUAGCUGUUUGAGAUUAAGAUGUAACUAUUGUCGUCAUUGUUGCAAAAUCUCUCUCGUUCUCGUAUUAUUUCUUUUGAAUCCUCCAUUUGACUUUCAGGCGUAACUGUUGUUGUCGUUGCUAUCGUUGUUGAAUUUUUCUCUACUUGGAAUUGAGUCGUAGUUGUUGUUGUACGUUGUUGCUGGAUCUAAUAGCUGUUUGCGAUUGAGGCGUAAUUAUUGUUGCCAAAUCUCUCUCAUUAUUGUGGUAUCUCUUCAUCUUCAUUUCUCUACACUUUAUCCCCUAGUACAAUGGGGAAUUGUUGCUCUAGUGGAGAAGAACCAAAUGAAAUUACAAACAAUGAAAAUGGACAAACCAACAACCCUAAAAAUGAAGAAACUUCAUCAUCUACACAUAAUCUUGAUUCCACAACACAAACAAAAACAACCCCUCCACCUCCAACAACAACAACAACAUCUCCUAGCCCAUCAUCAAAACCAUCAAAACCAUCACCAAUAGGGCCAGUAUUAGGCAGACCAAUGGAAGAUGUUAGAACAACAUAUACUAUAGGAAAAGAACUUGGUAGAGGCCAAUUUGGUGUAACACAUUUAUGUACACAUAAACAAAGUGGUGAACAAUUUGCAUGCAAAACAAUAGCAAAAAGAAAACUAGUAAACAAAGAAGAUAUUGAAGAUGUUAGAAGAGAAGUACAAAUAAUGCAUCAUUUGACAGGACAACCUAAUAUUGUUGAAUUAAAAGGAGCUUAUGAAGACAAACAUUCUGUGCAUUUGGUCAUGGAGUUGUGUGCUGGAGGUGAACUUUUCGAUCGAAUUAUCGCUAAGGGACAUUAUACUGAACGUGCAGCAGCUUCAUUGUUAAGAACAAUUGUGCAGAUUGUUCAUACUUGUCAUUCUAUGGGAGUUAUUCAUAGAGAUCUUAAGCCUGAGAAUUUUCUACUUCUUAAUAAGGAUGAGAAUGCACCUCUUAAAGCUACUGAUUUUGGUCUUUCAGUAUUCUACAAGCAAGGAGAUGUAUUUAAAGACAUUGUGGGUAGUGCAUAUUACAUUGCACCUGAAGUCUUGAAAAGAAGAUAUGGACCAGAAGUUGAUAUAUGGAGUAUUGGGGUUAUGUUAUAUAUUCUUCUUUGUGGUGUUCCUCCUUUCUGGGCAGAAAACGAAAAUGGAAUAUUCAAUGCAAUAUUGAGGGGACAUAUUGAUUUUUCAAGUGAUCCAUGGCCUUCAAUUUCCAAUGGAGCCAAAGACCUUGUCAGGAAGAUGUUAACAAUAGACCCCAGGCAGAGAUUAACAGCUAUGCAAGUCCUCAAUCAUUCAUGGAUCAAGGAGGAUGGAGAAGCACCAGAUACACCAUUGGACAAUGCUGUAUUACAUAGGCUCAAACAAUUCAGAGCUAUGAACAAGUUUAAGAAAGUUGCUCUUCGGGUUAUUGCAGGGUGUCUAUCAGAGGAAGAAAUUAUGGGAUUGAAGCAAAUGUUCAAAAGCAUGGAUGCUGAUAACAGUGGAUCAAUAACAAUUGAGGAAUUAAAGCAAGGAUUAGCCAAACAAGGAACUAAACUAUCAGAUUAUGAGAUUAAACAGUUAAUGGAAGCUGCUGAUGCUGAUGGAAAUGGAACCAUAGACUAUGAAGAGUUCAUCACAGCAACAAUGCACAUGAACAGAAUGGAUAAAGAAGAACAUCUUUACACUGCAUUCCAAUAUUUUGAUAAGGAUCACAGCGGAUAUAUAUCAAGAGAAGAGCUAGAGCAAGCUCUGCGAGAAUUUGGUAUGAAUGACGAAAAUGAUUUGAGGGAAAUCAUUGAUGAAGUUGACACUGAUCAUGAUGGUCGGAUAAAUUACGAUGAGUUUGUAGCAAUGAUGAAGAAAGGAAAUCCUGAAGCAGCAACAAUGAACCCAAAGAAACGAAGGGAUUCAUUUGUUGCAUAAAUUUUCAUCAUCAAUUAAUGAAAAAUGUCUCAAAAGAAUGAAAGACAAUUAUGUUAAUUGUCUUUGUUGUGGAGAAGACCAUACCAUUACAUAGUAAAAAUUUCAACAACCAUUCAUGAGACAUUGUAUAUUAACUAUGAUACUAAGAAGAAACACACACACACACACACACAUUUACAAAGAAUAGAUUGUAAAAGUCAUGGCUAUGUUGAGAUUUGAGGGUUGAUAGGAUCUUCUAAUGUCAAACACCGUUUGGUUAAAGCUUUGAUCUGAAAAGAAUGGAGGUCUUUCAGAAGUAUAUAUGUAUCGAUACUUCUGCAAUUUAGAAAGUAGGUUUUAAAAGUUCAUUUUAAUCCGUUACCUUUCGGAUAUUGUUCGGUGUAAACAUCAUAUUCAAUCACUCCAAUUGUGUUUGUUA